AUGAUCACCGACAACGAGCCGGAUGUGGUUCACACGGCUAGACCUGAUGCUGAAGAUCAAUUGGCCAAGGAGACGUCCAGCAAGGCACAUAAUGACAUAGACUGUCCUUCGUUGGACCAGAUAUUGUCACAAUUGAGUCUCGGACCGUCAAUUCUACCGGUGCAGACACUUUCUCCCGUCUCAGUUGACGAGCAAGCGGCCCUUUUGCGACGCUUAGAAGAUGUGCUUGCAGAGGCUACAGGUGGUGCUGAGAGCUUUGAGGAAGUGCAGACCAUUCUAAUUGAGCUCUGGAAGUGCCGGUCGAGCUGUCUGGCGCAAGCAGCUGAUGCGCUAGCAAACGGGAGUAGAAACUCAUCCUGGAGACUUCCAUACGGGCAAGCUGGCAUCUUGAAUUUCUUCCUUCAGAUCAUCGCCUCGAGAGAGUUUCAUGACCAUGAUGUACUCCUUCAUGCUCUACGGCUGGUCGGAAAUUCCUGUGCUGACACUGAUGAAAACAGAGCCCUUGUUGUCAAGGGUAACUAUACAGCUGCUAUUCUCAACCGUCUUAGCCCAGAACUUGUGCAUGUCGUGAUUCCUGUUAUCUACAACAUCUCCAUCGAUUAUGAGCCAGCCCAAAGUCAGCUGGCUGCGAACAAACUAGUAUAUAUCCUUUUGAGACUAAUCAAGGAUGGCGCGCUCCAGGAUAAUGAGGCGCUUCUUGACUUCUCUUACGAACUCAUAGAGAUGCUCGCAGAGCAAGACAAGGAACGAUUCCAGGAUAUUUGUAUCGGCCAAUGUAUGGUUGACCGAGUGUUAUCCGUGCUCAAACAAUCAUUAUAUAUCAAAGCAGACCCUUCAUCAAGUGGUGAUACCAAAGCAUUGGCGCAGCUGCAGCUGAAGAUCAACCAAACACUUUCAGAAGUCUCUGCAUCACCCAAGUUCUCCAAGGUAUAUCCCCUCGAGUCUCCUCUUGUUCAGACCUUGAAAGAUUGGCUGGCUUCCACGGAAGACCAACUUCAAAUCUGUUCAUGCGUGAUGCUGGGCAACUUGGCUCGAUCGGACGCGGUGUGCGAAAUGAUGGUGCGGAAGAUGAACAUACACACCAUGUUGAUAUCGAUUCUGAGAUCUGAUGCUAGAGGCGCGGUUCUCCAUUCUGCACUUGGAAUUCUGAAGAAUUUGGCUAUAGCUGGCGAUAACCGACAAUGUCUGGGCGAUGCUGGGAUCAUUCCUGCAGUCUCACGCCUGUGGGGAUAUGAGACGGUUCCUCAAGUCCAAUUUGCUGCAACAAGCAUUGUUCGGCAAGUCAUCAUCUCAUCGACCGCGAAUAUUUCGUGUCUGCUGGAACUUGCUCCUAUUGGCGAGGACUCCUCGGCCUCCGGACAGACAUAUCUUUCAUCGUUACUCUCUCUGUGUGAGAAAACGGACUCCACACCAAUCAAAACGGAGGUUGGACGGAUCGUAGCUUCAAUUUGCCGCACAAUUGUUCCAAAGUCUCGUGAAGCGGACAGUGAGGCUAGCAUUCUCCUUGAGCGUCUGUUCACUAUGCACCAGGGUGUCGCGCUUCCACUUGGUGCUAUGAUUGCUCAAUCGCAAUGGCCUGUGGUCAGGAGCGAGGGCUGGUUCGCCUUGGCUUUGAUGGCUUCCAGCAAACAUGGCACUGCCGCCGUUAUCGACUGCCUACAGAAGCUGGACUUAUACCCGUUAUUGGAAGAGACAAUGAGCACACCUGUUUCUGACUCGGCGGAUGAAGCGGACAAAUUGAAGCCAGCCAAGGACGGUGAUAAUAUCGUAGUCCUUAUUCAAGAGCUGCUGAAAAAUGAUGUAAGUCAAAAGCAGUGCUUUCCUCCAAUAUCUGCGGGAGUCUACUAA